AGGGACGGAGCAGCAGAGCCCGGCUGCAGCGGCUUUAAUGCAGGCGGUCGUGCCGAUUAUUUAUUUAUUUUCACGGGGCGGUUGAGUGGAAGGCUGGGUUUACGAAGGCGCGGAGCCUCCCCUCCCCUGCCGCGGCGGCGCUCCGGGCGAGGGUGGUACCCCCGCUUCCCGGGGGCUGGAACACGCCUUCCCGGGGGCUGAGCGCGGCUUUCCCGGGGCCGGAGCGCGGCUUCCCUGCAGCCGGAACACCUCUUCCCCGCGGCUGCCAGGCGGUCUCAGCCCCGUUUCUCUGCUCGGUGGAGCUGAUGGCUGCAGCCCACCUCUGCAUAGGGGUGUGUAAACUUGGUGGAACUCAGGCUUUUUGUGUGGAAACCUCCCGUCGCGUCUGGGCGCAGCGAACAUGCCAGAGCAGAGCAAUGAUUACAGGGUGGUGGUGUUCGGGGCAGCGGGGGUCGGCAAGAGCUCCCUGGUGCUGCGCUUUGUGAGGGGCACUUUCAGGGAAACCUACAUCCCCACCAUCGAGGACACGUACCGGCAGGUGAUCAGCUGUGACAAGAGCAUCUGCACCCUGCAGAUCACGGACACCACGGGCAGCCAUCAGUUCCCUGCCAUGCAGCGGCUCUCCAUAUCCAAAGGGCAUGCCUUCAUCUUGGUGUACUCCGUCACCAGCAGGCAGUCCAUGGAAGACCUUCACCCCAUCUUCGAUGAGAUUUGUCAGAUCAAGGGCGACAUCCAGAAAAUCCCGAUAAUGUUGGUGGGGAACAAAAGUGACGACACGCAGAGGGAGCUGGAUGCCAGCGAGGGGCAGGCGCUGGCCAGCAAGUGGAAGUGUGCCUUCAUGGAGACGUCAGCCAAAAUGAACUACAACGUGCAGGAGCUCUUCCAGGAGCUCUUGAACCUGGAGCAGAGGAGAACUAUCAGUCUCCAGGUGGAUGGAAAGAAAUCCAAACAGCAGAAAAAGAAAGAUAAACUGCAAGGCAAAUGCUCUGUAAUGUAGAUUGCUUUUGGCUGGACUUGCUGCACGGCACAGCUGGAGCGUGGACUCCCACAGAAAAUACAUUUCUGCUGGAGAUUUUGGAGGAAUCCACGCCUUGCAGGGUUGUUGCUUUCCUCUAAAAUCCCCACUGGGUAAUUGUACGUGUUGUUUUUAAGGAGGAUGGCUUCUGCAUGUUUAUUUUUUUAAACCAAUAAAUGUUCCAUGUUAGCAAUUACCUAUGACUAGAAGUUUUUAGUGUAAGAAGUCUUCCAGAGGAAAAAAAUGUCUGUCAGAACAAACCUCUGUAUUCUUGUGAGUACAUGCCAGUUUUUAAAUAUCUCCAGCCUGUUAACUCAGAGGAAAUAAUCUAUAAUGUGUAGAGUUAAAUUGUUUUCAGGAGUCUAUUGACCAGAGCAAAUCUCUAACAAAGUGAGGCAUUUGCUCUAAAAAUGAGCAUGUGUGUGGCUCUGCGUGCCUAAAUUUUUGAUUGACAGACUGGCUUGCCCACCAAAGCUGCAGUUUUUGCAUGGCAGAAGUGAAGUUUCCCUGUGUACUGUGCAGUUCUGGGAGUGAUUACAGCUGUAUAAAAUCAGG